AUGUUAACCAAACAUUUUUAUGCAAUUGUUCAAUCGGAAGAAAAUACCGUAGCUUUUUUAAAGGAAAGAGGACUUAUUGAAAUCGGCACUCCUCCUUCUGUUCACUGUGGUUCGCAAACUAAAUUCUAUACUCGCAAAGAAAGAGGAAAAGAACGAACAGUGAUACGAUGCACAAAGAAAGGCUGUCAAAGAACUCAAUCCGUCCGUAAAGGUAACACGUUUUUCACGUAUACUGAUAAAAAUAGUCAAUGUAAUAGUGGUCUGUCGUUGUCACAAAUUUUAGAACUAUAA